AACUGUAAGUAGCUUUCGCAGAAAGGUAAACAUGACAGUGAAGUAGGUAAACCUUCCUCAGGAGAACCAACUCAAGGAAACAAUGAGCUAAGACGACACUUGGGCCCGUCAAACCUCCCGGACUCAUUCAUUUUUUGGGGUGUGGGUGACACUUUUAAUAGACAUGGUGGAGGUAUUUACCGGGCGGACUCUCCUCAAUAAAGACGGGGAAUUCGUCGAGCCUGAAGAGGCGUUGAGGAAUAAAGUGGUGGGGAUCUACUUCUCUGCGGGAUGGUGUCCGCCUUGUCGAGACUUCACGCCGAUCCUGUGUGAUUUCUACACGGAGCUGGUGGAAGAGGGCGAACCCCCCGCUCAGUUUGAGAUAGUUUUUAUCUCCUCUGACAAGUCGCCCGAUGACAUGGUCGAAUAUUAUCACGAUAUGCACGGAGACUGGCUGGCUCUGCCCUGGACGGAUGACUACAAGCACGAGCUGAAGCAACGCUACAAGAUCACAGCGGUACCCAAACUGGUGAUUGUGAAGGAGAAUGGCGACGUGAUCACAGAUAAGGGCCGGAAACAGAUCAGAGACCGAGGCCUGGCCUGUUUCAGGUCCUGGCUCGACGCUGCAGAGAUAUUUCAGAACUUUAAGGGUUAGGAAACGACAAAACAAAAAUGAAGAUGUCAGCUCGUUUUUUUUUUUUCUGCAGCCAUGUUAGAGAGCUGAACAAAAACCAAAGUAAAUAAUUCUAUUUUGACUUUCAGUUCAGUGGUUCUCAAACAAAGAACAAAUGAUUAUGUCUGUUGCAAUAAAUUAUGUAUGUUUAAUAAGAUUUUUCUUUUUUUCUUGUCGAAUCCUGGACAUUUUUAAUUUCUUAAGUGCUCUAGUAUCCUUCUAAUCAAACAAUCUGAGAAGGAAAAAGCUGAACUUUGGUUGAAUUUUUCACAAGUCAUGCUUUGAUGGAGGGUUUACAAGUCGUUAUUGACUUGUGUUUUUGUUGGGAAAUGCUGCUUUAUAGUUGCUGAUUUUUACCAAACAUCCUAUGCAUUUAAGACAAACCUCAGGUGUGGCCGUCAUGGUUCACAUGUUGUGUGUUUAGUGUGAAUAAUACAAACCAGCUGCUGUAAUUGCUCCAUUUGUUUGACAAUGCAUCCAUUGAUGUUCUUGAUAGAAUAGUGCACUAAACUGCUAAACUUUGCCCAUACUGAUGUCUUCUUUCCUGAGAGCUUGCUUUUGUAUUCCAAAGAUUUAACCUGCAGUUCGACUCUCUCGGUCGCUUUUAUAUUUUUGUAUUUUGAUUUUUAUGAGUUAAGAAAUGUAUUAUUAAAAAAAGCUAUAUAUAAUCUUA